AUGGCGCAAAUAGAUAUAGGUGUCCUUAUCAUUUAUGCCGCGAUACUCGUAUGCGUUGGCAACGCAUUUGCCUGUCAACUUGGUGCCUGGAAAGUUCGAAACCCAAACAUCAAGUUCAAGAUAGCCGCCGUGGUCGGUAACUUCAUGACAUUGGUCAGCAUGUUCGUCUUAGGAAUCACCUGCAUCUACUAUGACCAGUACCCAGUCUUCGGGUUCUUCUUGACUUUCCUCACCCCUCUGCUGGGAAGCCUAUCUAUCUGGUUAACACUGAUAGAUGCAGCUGUGAUUGGAAUACUCCGCGAUGAAACAACUAGGGCGGAAAUGGAAUGGGUAGAGGAAUUCGACCCGGAAGUGAAUGUGGACUUAAGAGAAUAUUCGUCUCAUUCAUCGCCUUCACAGGUUUACAUGUCCGCCGAUGUAGAGACGGCAAGUGAGAGUGACGAAGAGUGGGAUGCUCUACCGCCAAGGGUUGAAUUGGACGCCGAGUCCACCGAAAGCCCUCCCCAAAAUUCCAAAAAGACGGUGCGAUGGGCGACUGAAACCUGA